AUGAGGAGACCAACCCUUCAUGGUAACGAGUUUGUCUCAGCAGAGCGCAUACUACGAGCAGCUCUGGAAGAUGGACCCAUAGGGUUCAUGCUGUUAGAGGAGCCACCAUCAUCACUCCCGGCCUUUGGUUUUGUACCUACAGGCGCAGACAAAGGAGUCGAGAUGGAGGUGGAGGUAGAUAAGGUGGUGACAGCUGCAGACAUACCAAAGCCAUACCAACACCUGCAAGAUGUGUUUGAUGAGGUGGAAGCAGACAAGCUGCCCCAUCAUACCGAGCAUGAUCUCCACCUCGAGUUGAUAGAAGGAGGUAAGCCACCUCAAGGGCCCCUAUACCUUAAGGGACCCAAGGAGAUGUCCGAGUUGAGGAGAUACUUGGAUGAGAACCUCGAGAAGGGGUUCAUAAGACCAUCGAAGAGCCCGGCACGAUCACCAGUGCUCUUCGUACCAAAGAAGGAUGGAGGUCUCAGACUCUGUGUGGACUACAGAGGUCUCAACGAGAUCACUGUCAAGAACAGGGCACCAUUGCCCCUCAUCGAGGAGCAGCUGUUCUUACUCAGGAAGGCAAGGAUCUAUACCAAGCUAGACCUUAGAGCAGCAUACAACCUCAUCCGGAUUGCUAAAGGAGAUGAAUGGAAGACAGCUUUUGGCACACAGUUGGGACUCUAUGAGUACCUAGUGAUGCCCUUUGGCCUAGCCAAUGCUCCGGCUCACUUCCAGUCAUUCAUCAAUGACAUCUUCCGAGACAUCAUUGGAGAGGCAUAG